CUUGUAUGUUUUGUACGUUUGUUGACUUGGUGAUUUAACUAGUAGUACUUACUACUUGGAGAAAAGUUCAUUCCCGGCCGGCAAAGUUUCGCCAACACGCAUAGUACACGCCACUAUAUACACCUGCUAAGCCGUAAAAUCUGGCAACGCCGCACACAUUGUCAGGACCAUGACAAAUGCUGUAUAGUGUUCCACUGUCGACAGCGUUGCCGCGGUUAUUCCACAGCAGAACGUAUCCGAAUUGCCGCCGUUGUUGUCCACUGCUGCUCGUACCGGAUUCUAAUCAAUGAUGUGAUGUGCGUUCUCGUCUCCUUUCUCUCCGUCCGUAACAAACGUCCGCUGCUAUUCAAAAUCUAACAAUAGCAUAACAAAAAAAAAAAAAAAAAAUUAUCCAUCUUAUUUACCAACAUUGUGAUUUGAAAAAAACCGAAUCGUACGCGUAUUUGCCGUUGUGGGUACCUUGGUCGGUGCAGCUGUUGACCGUUGUUUCUCUCGUUUGUCCGUCAGUGUUUGUAGGCAAUUUGAUAAAUUUGGUCACUCGCUGGAGCAAUGGAAGUAGACGAAUUCGAUUCAGGUCGUUCGUCGUCUACCAUUUCGUCAAUCAACAGCCUGUUCUCCUUUACCAGCCCGGCAGUUAAGAAAUUGUUGGGCUGGAAGCAGGGCGACGAGGAAGAGAAAUGGGCAGAAAAGGCGGUGGACGCUCUUGUUAAGAAAUUGAAAAAGACCAAGGGUGCUAUUGAGGAACUGGAAAAAGCACUUAGUUGUCCAGGACAACCAAGCAAGUGUGUUACUAUUCCAAGAAGUCUCGAUGGUCGCUUACAGGUGUCUCAUCGUAAAAGCUUACCACAUGUCAUCUACUGUCGUGUUUGGCGAUGGCCUGAUCUCCAGACGCAUCACGAGCUCAAACCACUCGACCACUGUCAGUUUCCCUUCUCCACACAGAACAAACAAAAAGACGUGUGUAUCAACCCUUACCAUUAUAAACGAGUAGAAAGUCCUGUUUUACCACCGGUAUUGGUACCAAGGCAGAGCCAGCUACCUCCCAUGAUGUUUCGCCAAAUGCCAGAAAAUCUUCAAUAUAAUAACUAUAACCAAGGCCCAAAUUCACCAUCAUCAAGUCCUCCUCCGAAUAGUCCUUUCCAAAGUAGUGCUUUAUCGGAAUUGGGCGGUUCACCUAGACCUGAUGAAAAAGCUAUGAGCCCUGCUUCUGGCACCCAAGUCUUGUAUCAGGAGCAAGCCAGUUGGGCUAGCAUAGCAUAUUAUGAACUAAAUAGCAGAGUUGGAGAACUGUUUCAUUGUCAAUCUCCAGUCGUAGUUGUAGAUGGAUUUACAAAUCCAAGUAAUAACUUAAACCGAUUUUGUCUUGGACAGCUAUCCAAUGUUAAUCGAAAUCAGACGAUUGAAAAUACUAGAAGACAUAUUGGAAGAGGUAUACAAUUACACUAUAUUGGUGGUGAAGUGUAUGCAGAAUGUUUAUCCGAUUCAGCUGUUUUUGUACAGUCACGUAAUUGCAACCAUCAUCACAACUUUCAUCCGUUGACCGUUUGCAAAAUUCCGGCUGGAUGUUCAUUACGUAUUUUCAAUAACCAACAGUUUGCGACAUUACUAACUGAAUCUGUUAACUCUGGGUAUGAAGCCGUGUUUGAGCUCACUAAAAUGUGCACUAUUAGAAUGUCCUUUGUGAAAGGCUGGGGCGCCGAAUAUCAUCGACAAGACGUUACCAGUACUCCAUGUUGGAUUGAGAUACAUUUAAACGGUCCGCUACAGUGGUUGGAUAAAGUCUUGUGUGCCAUGGGAUCACCACAUAAUGCUAUAUCGUCUGUAUCAUGAGUCCAAUGGUUUUACACUUGCACAAUUUUUUUUUUUUUAGUAUCAAUUUAACAAGACUUAAUCUUAAUCGGUCGCAUAUUUUCUUAGUAAAAAAAAAAAUUAUUGACUUUUAAAGAAAGAGUACUCAGUAUUUUUUUGUACAAAUUCAAGAAGUGGAAUAUAUAUAUAUA